CCACAUUCUAUCUUCACAAAAACAGGAAGAGAAACAAGAAGAAUGAAGACUUCCAUGAGCAUCAUCGUCUUCUUCUUCUUUGUGACCUUCCUCGCCAUCUCUGCUUCUUCCUUAAACCCUGAGGAAACUUGCAUACAAAGAAACAUCAACCGGUCACAACCUCCAAGCUCUUCACUCGAACACAAGGCAUCAAAGUUCGACUUUCUUGUAGACAAGUUGUGCAGCGACAUGGCUCGUGCCGUCAUGUUCUCUGUGAGGAUAACCGGAAAAUUCCCAUCUCACUAUGUCAAGGCGAUGUGUAAUGUGUUUGGAAAUGAUGAGAAGAAAGUGAAGGAGUAUGUUAUGAAGAAUUGGUUGGGAGGUGAAAAGGUUUUGUUGAAUCUCGUUAGCAAGAAAGACCUUCACAUGGCGUCGAGGAAUCAGGAGAAAUCUCCCAAAGUGCAAGAGCUUUACGACCUCUGCAAAGAGACUUUCACUGGCAAAGCUCCUUCUCCUGCUUCCAUGCCUGUCCAAAAACUAUGCUCUGUGUUGGACUCAGUUAGUCCUGCAGAUGUUGGGCUUGAAGAGGUAUCUCAAGACGAUGAUCGAGGCUAUGGAGUUUCUGGGGUUAGCCGUUUUAAUAGAGUAGGACGAUGGGCACAACCGAUAACAUUCUUAGACAUUCAUGAAUGUGAUACUUUCACAAUGUGUAUUUUCUGCUUCCCAACAUCUUCAGUGAUUCCAUUGCAUGAUCAUCCAGAGAUGGCUGUGUUUAGCAAAAUCCUCUAUGGAUCACUUCAUGUUAAAGCUUACGAUUGGGUUGAACCUCCAUGUAUUAUCACACAAAAUAAAGGCGUGCCCGGUUCUCUUCCAGCAAGGUUGGCCAAAUUGGUGAGUGACAAAGUUAUCACGCCUCAGUCUGAGAUACCGGUGUUGUACCCAAAGACUGGAGGCAAUCUCCAUUGCUUCACUGCACUAACUCCAUGUGCUGUGCUCGACAUUCUCACACCUCCUUACAAAGAAAGUGCUGGCAGGAGUUGCAGUUAUUACAUGGACUAUCCGUUUUCCACUUUCGCAUUGGAGAAAGGAGUGAAGACGGUGGAAGGAAAGGAAGACGAAUAUGCUUGGCUUGUACAGAUUGACACACCCGAUGAUCUUCACAUGCGUCCCGGAUCAUAUACUGGUCCAACUAUUAGGGUCUAGAUUUUUGCGGUUGGUUUUUGUAGCUAAGUAGAGCACUCUUGUAUCAUUCCAAGAUAAAGUUUCUGGAGAAGAUAUCAAUACAAUUUCAGAUUAAAG